AUGCAAAACUCUGGAAUAUUUGUCGACGAGAACUCGUACCUAUCGAAAGCCUCUGGAUUUAGGUCGAUUUUCCCCUCGAAGCCGCACGAAAGAACCCGCUCAGCUGGUGGUGCCCUGAUCGGCAACCCUGUAAACAGCAAACAUAUGCCCAUGCCCCCACCCAUGUUGCCUCCCGACCACAUCCAUUCCUUAAAUACACAGCGACCUUUAUCUGAAAUAUCCCACAACCGCGAUGCGCCAAACAGCCCCUGUCCCAGCGACAUGAUUCCGAACAUACCCACGGAGACUGGCUUGCAUAAGAAAACCAAGAGCUCCGUGUCGUUACGGUCAUUGGUAAAGGAUAUUACAACGCCUAGUAAGGCUUCUUCAACAGACAAUGGAACGCGGGAAAAGAAACCAAAGAAAACAAAAUCGUCAACCAGUUUAUCAGCAAUUUUCAAAAGGCCCCAGCGUGGACUAAAGAAUGAUGAUUCCGACAACAAGCAGAAAGAUAAGGAGAAUAUCAUCUCUCCACAAUCACCUAGGAGGGAGGUUUCUCCAAUCUGGACUAAAUUCGCUAGCCGGCCACUGCAAGAUCAAGGAAGCAGUCGUUACAUCCUUCAAAGAGGACGAACGUUAGACGAAGAAAUGACACUGUAUACCCCUCGAGACUACUCACCUUCCAGCCAGAGGAACUUUCAUGGAUAUCAGCUACCGGCUCUAAUACAACGACCAGAUGCAAAACCGAGGCCAAAGACAGAGUAUUUUACGUCUAGCUCUUCCUCCAUUAAGGAGAUGAUUGUCGCUGUACAUCGUUCAAGAUCCUCUAAAGACCAGCAACGAUCAAAAGGUGGAAAUGAUUGCAUGGGAAACGAGGUCCGCUGUGGAUCUCCAACGGAAUACGGGCUGGAGAAACAACACGAAUCAAUUGGAAAGAGUGGAUCCCGGGUAAUGGCUGCCAUUACAGCUUUCAACGCGAAGGGAAAGUCGAGCGAACCACAGAACCCCUCAGAUCAGCAGGAGAUCGAAAAAGCAUUUGAAAAACUUUUGGAUUCCCGUAACAUUCCCCAUAAUAUGCGCGAUAAGAUGCGCUCCAUGGACACGAAUAUCAAAGCUGAUUUCAUACGGAAACACCAUCUUGAUAUAUGCUCGUCCACUUUACCAUCUCCCAGCAAGGACAAAAACAGUUUGAAUGCUCCUGACGAUGGCGGAAAGGGUUCGAAUGGAAAGGGAUCUAGAUCGCAACCUCGGAGCCGUCCUUUCUCCAUAUCAAAAGGGGAGCCGUCGUCCCCUAGAAAGAACGCCAUUGACAGUGCAGCUUCUCACAAGCGUCCAAAAUCUGUCGAUUUAUCUUGGGCCGGAUCGUCCAAGGGGCUAACUGGCUCCAGCUCAAUGUCGGGGAUGGCCCCUCAGGCUCAACUGGAUUAUACAGCUGACCCCACAGACUUUGUUCAUUACCUACAUGAAGUACGGAAGCCAGAAAUAGUAGAAGUUGGUAAACUCCACAAACUUCGAAUACUCUUGAGAAACGAGACUGUGACGUGGGUUGAUGCCUUUAUUUCCCAAGGGGGAAUGGACGAAGUAAUCGAGCUUUUGUACCGUAUACUCAAGGUGGAGUGGCGGGAGGAGCACGAAGAUGCACUGCUCCACGAAACAUUGCUUUGCCUUAAGGCACUUUGCACCACCUCCCUCGCUCUCCGCCAUCUUUCUUCCGUCGAGGCGGUGUUAUUUCCAACCCUUUUGCACAUGCUCUUCAAUGAAGAGAAGAAAGGGCCAAGCGAAUUCACAACACGGGGCAUCGUCCUUAGUCUGCUUUUUACUCACCUUUCCUCGGCAUCCCCAGGAAAUUUGGUGCCCCGAGCCAAGACUAUCCUGUCGUAUAUGCGUGAUCCAACGCUACCAGAAGAAUCCCAGCCGUUGAACUUUAUUGCUAAUAUUUAUCAACCUCGUCCAUAUCGAGUGUGGUGCAAGGAAGUAAGCAACGUGACUAAGGAGGUAUUUUGGAUAUUCCUCCAUCACCUCAACAUUGUGCCCGUCGCAGAGUCCAGCGAGAAAAAUUCGGAACCAUAUUGUAAACGCUACUUUCCUCCUCCUCGGCCCCCUGUCCCCGCUGCGCCUUAUGUUGGUGGCGUUGAAUGGGAUGCCACCAACUACAUCGCAAGCCAUCUUGACCUUAUAAAUGGUUUGCUUGCGGCCAUGCCCACUGCCAACGAGCGCAAUACAAUACGAGCUGAACUCCGGGCCUCAGGCUUUGAGAAAGUGAUGGGCGGUAGUCUGCGUACGUGCAAGGAGAAAUUUUACUCCUCCGUUCACGAUGCGCUGCGCCUUUGGGUUGCAGCAGCUGCUGAAGAUGGAUGGGAUUGUAAGUAUGUUCGCGAGGGCCCGCCACGGGGAACGGAUUCUAGAUCAAGAAGUCCAAUGAAAGCUGCACCUGGGAGUCCGAAGAAGCGCGCAGGCUUGGUGAGCGACGAGCCGCCUCGUUUAGAUCUGGGUGGGGGGAUUGCAUCUAAAAUAAGCGAAAACAAUGGGGGUUGGCUAUGA